AUUUCUUAAUGAGUGAUUAGCACAACGUCUCAGUCCCUUCGAUUUCCCAAAUUCUGUAUCAUUACUCAUCACCACCAAGAAUCGAAUCAGAAUUUGGAACAAUCAGUGAAUUGAGUUUUCAUCCCUCUCAUCUCCACCUUUCUCCGUUGAGUUUAGCAAAAAGAAAAAAAAAAGGCAGGCACAAAAAGCAACACGAGCAUUAUUACACAGUACUUGCUUGGUUGCUUCACACUUUCACAGUCUCUCUACUUUUCUUUUGGCUAUAUAUUAUAAAAACAAAAGCACCCUCUUCCUUCUUCUAUUUAUAUACAGUUCAUUAUUCUCAGACUCUUCUUUGAUCUGAACCAAAAACAAAAACCACCAACUUUGUUUAACCCUGCAGAGUUUUUUCUGUUCCUUUCCCUGCUGCUGCUUUUGCAGUCUCUGGGGGAUUUUGCUUUGCAUUUUUUUAUGUGUCAAUUGGUGGUGGCUUUCAAGCGGUGGCGGCUAUUAUUAUUGUGUUGAGUUUUCAUUUUUCCAAGAAUCAUAUAUAGGGUAUCCUCAGAUUCUGAAGCUCUAAAAUUUUCUUGCAUUUAAAGUUUUCUCUGCCACAAUCCAUCAACAAGGGAUUCAUAUACAUCACUACUACUCCAUCACUGGCAGUGUUGUACUAAGUUCGACUAAAACAAAGAAAAGUAGAAGAAAAAAAAUAGGAAAAAAGGUACCAAGAGCAAAGACAUUCAGAAGGAGGAUCUGUCAUCUGAAUUUUCUUCCUUCAAGCUUUAGGAGAAAGAGACAUAUCAACCAAGAUCCACAUUUAGACACUGCUUUUUGUGGAUAAGGGAGAGACAAUGUUGUCUCAGAAGCAAGCAGAGGAAGCUAUAGUCACAAACGAGACAGAACAUGAAGUUAGCAGCACAAGGGAAGAGGAGAAGGAGCAAGACCAAUCAAUGUUCAGCCUUAAGAGCAUCCUUUGGCAUGGUGGUUCUGUUUGGGAUGCAUGGUUCAGCUGUGCCUCAAAUCAAGUGGCUCAAGUGCUUUUGACACUGCCAUACUCAUUCUCUCAACUUGGCAUGCUAUCAGGAAUCAUUUUUCAGGUGUUCUAUGGAAUUGUUGGAAGCUGGACUGCUUAUCUAAUCAGUGUCCUCUACAUAGAGUACCGCACCAGAAAGGAAAAGGAAAACGUCAGCUUCAAAAACCAUGUCAUUCAGUGGUUCGAAGUCCUUGAUGGGUUACUUGGUCCAUAUUGGAAAGCCCUGGGGCUAGCCUUCAACUGUACUUUCCUUCUCUUUGGAUCUGUGAUACAGCUUAUAGCAUGUGCAAGUAACAUAUACUACAUAAAUGACAAAUUGGAUAAACGGACUUGGACUUAUAUUUUUGGAGCUUGCUGUGCCACCACUGUGUUCAUACCUUCCUUCCACAAUUACCGAAUCUGGUCUUUUUUGGGUCUUGGAAUGACCACUUACACGGCUUGGUACCUUGCUAUUGCAGCCAUCCUUCAUGGCCAGGUGGAAAAUGUCACGCACACGGGUCCAUCAAAGCUAGUGCUAUACUUCACUGGAGCCACUAACAUACUCUACACGUUUGGAGGACAUGCUGUGACUGUAGAGAUUAUGCAUGCCAUGUGGAAGCCCCAAAAGUUCAAGUACAUCUACUUGCUGGCCACUUUGUACGUUUUCACGCUAACGAUUCCGUCCGCCGUCGCCGUUUAUUGGGCUUUUGGUGAUAUGCUUCUUAACCACUCAAAUGCAUUCUCUCUCCUCCCAAAGAAUGGUUUCCGUGACGCCGCCGUUAUCCUCAUGCUCAUUCACCAGUUCAUCACAUUCGGGUUCGCGUGUACUCCAUUGUACUUCGUGUGGGAGAAGGUGAUUGGGAUGCACGACACAAAGAGCAUUUGUUUGAGGGCACUUGCACGGUUACCAGUGGUGAUACCUAUAUGGUUCUUGGCCAUAAUCUUCCCUUUCUUUGGGCCCAUAAAUUCAGCUGUUGGAUCUCUACUCGUUAGCUUCACUGUCUACAUCAUCCCUUCCUUAGCCCAUAUGCUCACUUACAGAAAAGCCUCUGCCAGACAGAAUGCUGCAGAGAAGCCUCCUUUCUUCAUGCCAAGCUGGACUGCAAUGUAUGUCUUCAAUGCAUUCAUUGUGGUAUGGGUUUUUGUAGUUGGAUUUGGGCUUGGAGGAUGGGCCAGCAUGACCAACUUCAUAAGGCAAAUUGACACAUUUGGGCUUUUUGCCAAAUGCUACCAGUGCCCUCCACCAGCACCAAAAGUUGUGGCAGCACCACCCCCUCAUGCUCAUCAUUAGAGCCAAGCUGACUCAUUAUUCACCACAACAUAGUAGAGUUCAGCAACAAUCACAUUUCCCUCAAUACUUUGUAUUAUACAUGGGGGAGAAUGGUGAAAAAAAAUAUACACUUCCCCCUUCAUAUGAUGUGUGUGCUGGCAGGGUUUUGCAUUAUUUUUGUCCUUUUUUCUUUGUUAUGUAGUAUUUCCCCCUCUUAUUGUAAGAUUACUUGAUUAAAAAUAGUGUGUCAAAAAUGUUAUGAUUCCUUUGCUAUGAAAUGCACAGGCUAAUUAAAUUAAAUUAAACACUAUGUUUUGGUA